AUGGAGCCGACUUUCUGGUCCGUGCACGUGAAGCAGGCCUGGGAUUCCGCCCCUGUGUCGCCAGAGACCGAACUUGUGCUUCCCGUCUUCUCGGAAGAACGUGGGCCGUGGCCUCUUCCUUUCUAUCCGGUCCUAGGAGCGAUCCCCUCCCACAGAGGUGACGAUCUCGAGCAACCGCUUCAAUGUCUCCAGGGUGACUUGGCGGGAUCCUACGGGAGGACCGACUCUUCCAGCGAGCCGGACUCCCCGCGGGCCUUCCACGAGGGACACGAGCAACCAGCGACCCCGGCAAGACUGGAGGACUCUGACCUAGAACCGGUCCCUGAGGCAGAGCAGCACCGGCCCUGGUCCAGAGCGCCCCACCGUGGCCACGAAUCGCGGGACACCGAGACCACGGAAAGGAGAAGCCCUGGGGAGUGUCAGCCGCCUACCGCCGGAGACCGGAGCAGAGGACCGCGGGUUUUGUGCGCCCUCUGGCGGGACCUUCUUAGCCUGUUCAGCUGCUGCGUGCCACGUGGCUGCUGCAUACCGGUACGUGGCAGCAGGGAGCCUUAG